AUGGGAUUUAUGAAUGCCGUCGUUAUGAUCCCUUUUUGCCGCACCAUUGUCGAAGCUACGAAGGUCCUGGAGGUCAUGGAGGAAAACGGGCUCAAGCGCGGUGACAAAGGUCUCAAGGUCUACGUCAUGUGCGAAGUCCCGUCCAAUGUGAUCCUAGCCGCGCAAUUUGCAGAGCACUUCGACGGCUUCUCCAUUGGGUCCAACGAUCUAACACAGCUGACUCUUGGCGUUGAUCGCGACUCUGGAGAGCUGGCAGAUCUGUUCAAUGAGCAGGACGAGGCGGUGAAGUGGAUGAUCCGGGAAGCUAUUUCGGUUGCCCAUGAGAAGGGCUGCAAAGUUGGCAUUUGCGGACAGGCACCGAGCGACCAACCAGAGUUCGCCAGGUUCCUGGUCAGUUGCGGUAUUGACUCAAUAUCCGUCAGUCCGGACAGCUAUGUUGCUGUGAAGAACCAUGUGGCUGCGAGCGAGCAGCUGCACGUAUCUCGCGGGGCGGUACUUUGA